AUGCCAAUCAAUUGUUCAACACUCAUUCAACGUAAACCGAAUAUUCUUCACAAAUCUUUACGAACUAAUAGUGAAGGCAAACUUCAGAAUGCUGUUGCUGAAACUACAGCUGAAUUACGUACAAAUGAGAAUCAAAAAUCUCCUGGUUAUUCUUCGUCGGCUAAUAAUAUAACUAAUAGUUCCAAAGGACCAUCAAGUACUAUUCGUCGAACGACUUUAUUUACAAGAAAUCGUAUUCAACCAACAACUGAAUAUAAUUAUGGAGCACAUUUACCAUCAAUUCGAGAUGCAGUUGGUCCUGUUGAACGACAAAAUCAUUUAUAUGAUGGUCUACAAUCUACUCCUCGUUCUAAAACACCUUUAACAAAUACUAGUCCAAAAAGUCAUGGCCGUCCUGCAUCUGCAUCAAUGUCAUCUAUAUUUAAUACACUUUCAAAACGAUCAACAGAAAAUUUUAUGAAUUCUAAUGGUGAAAUUGAUGAAUUAAUAUUACCAUCCAGUCCUCAAUCACGACGACCAAGUCAUGAAAGUAAUAAAUAUGGAAUUGGUAUUAAUCAAGCAACAACUAUAAAAGAAACAAUUGCAUCUCAAAAAGAGUCAAUUGAUAGUGCAGCUGAUACUCGAAACUCAACAAGUCCAUAUGAUAAUAAUCAACAACAACAACAACAACAACAACAACAAAAUGGUUUAACAUUAUCAAAUAGACUUCGAUCAGCUGCACCAAACAUACAAGUAGAAAUUCCUUAUGUCAGUGAAGCAGUCACAAAAGAACGAACGAGUACUGGUCAACUUUAUCAACGGCGUACAAAUAAUAAUAUUAAAGCACCAAUAAAACAAAAAAUAGAUAAAUAUCGUCGCCGUUCAGAGGAAGCAACACAUACUACAAAUGCAUAUCCAUUAACAAUUACGGCAAAUGCUGGCUUAUCUGCUACAACUCCAGCAUUAGCUAAUCCUGUAUCAACUCAUUUAAAACCACCACCAUCUCCAAUACCGGUUCGUCGUGUUACGUCAGAUGCUGAAAUCCAAGCUCGUCUAGACGUUCUUCGUUUAUCUACAAAUUCAAAUCUUGUUCCAAUCGAUCAACAACGACAUCAACAAAGUUCUCAUAAUCGUCUUAAAUCUCCAUAUUUAUAUGCUACACAUCAACAAUUAGCUACAUCAACAACUCCUCAAGCUCCACAAUUAACUCUUCGUCGUAAUCAAAUAAGUUCUCAUGGUACAAAUUCUCAACAUCGUCCAUAUAAUGGUGUUAAUUAUCGUCGAUUACAACAAUCAUCUGUAAAACAAUCAACAAAUAAUAAUCAAGCAAAUCUGUAUUUAGCUUUUAUAGCAUCACGUCAUUUAUCAGUAUUAGACGAUGCACACAUUGAAUAUGAUAUAGAUCAUCCAAAAUUAUUGCGUAUAUUUUCUUGGCUUAAAAAUGUCGAAGAACAUCGUCAUCAACAAUUAGAUCAUAAUAAAUUAUUAGAGGAACAAAAUGAGCGUAUGUUACAUCAAAAAGUGGAUUUUUCAUUAUAUUCUGAAAUACAACAUGCUGUUGAUGACCUACCAGCAAAUACAAGCGGAAAACCAUGUGAAAAAAUUGCAACUAUGCAAUUCGAAGACUAA